AUGGCUCAUAUAACAGUAUGUUCAGCUGCAAAACUGACGCGACUAGCACCAGGGCCUCUUAAAUUAAUGAUAGUGCCUUUGCGGCGAAAUAUAACUGCUAGCGUUUUACACAACAGCGAACAUGAGAGAUCUAACAAACAUAGGAAAUAUGUAUAUGCUGCUACUUCCAUUGGCUUAGCCUUACUGGCUGGAUCACACAUGUAUAAUGAAAAAAAGUUUUUUAAAGCAGCCCAAGUUGGAAAUAUUCCUGAACUUCAAAAGCAGGUUGCGGCCGCAAAAGACAGCGGAUAUAAUGCCGGAGCAGGCGACGAAGGUCCGGCGGAUCGGCGGCACUCACUGGGUUGGACGGCGCUCAUGGUGGCCGCCGCCAACGACCACCCCACCGCCGUCAAAGAGCUGCUGAAACUGGGCGCCAGACCCGACUCGCGCGAACAAUACGCCGGGGCGUCAGCCACCGCCGCUUCGACGGGCCUGCAUCCUCUGGAGGUCUUACAGAGGAGAGAAGACGAAUUCUGCGGGUCGAUGAAUGCGAGGGCUUCCUUUCUGGGGUGGACGGCCCUGCACUACGCCGCGCUGUCGGACUCCACUGCGUCGGCGGAGGCCCUGCUGGAGGCCGGAGCCGACCCCACGGCGCGCGAUCACGCCGGCCGUCGGGCCCUGCACUACGCGCGAGAGCCUUCGCCCACGCGUGACGUCAUCGUCGAGCACGCGCGCCGCUGGGAGGAGGCCGCCGCCGCCGCCGCGGCCGAAGAGCGGCGCCGGUUUCCGCUCGAGCAGCGCCUCAAGCAGUUCAUCGUCGGUCAGCAGGCGGCCAUCGAGACGGUCGCCGCCGCAGUCCGGCGGAAGGAGAACGGCUGGGCGGACGAGGACCACCCGCUCGUGUUCCUCUUCCUCGGCAGCUCCGGCAUCGGAAAGACCGAGCUGGCCAAGCAGCUGGCGAGGUACAUGCACAGGGACGACCCCGCGGCGUUCAUUCGACUGGACAUGUCGGAGUACCAAGAGAAGCACGAGGUGGCCAAGCUCAUCGGCGCGCCGCCCGGCUACGUGGGCCACGAGGAGGGCGGGCAGCUGACGAGGGCGCUCGCCCGGCGCGCGGACGCCGUCGUACUCUUUGACGAGGUCGACAAGGCCCACCCCGACGUGCUCACCGUGCUGCUGCAGCUCUUCGACGAAGGUCGCCUCACGGACGGCAAGGGCAAGCUGAUCGAGUGCAAGAACGCCAUCUUCGUCAUGACGUCGAACCUGGCCGCGGACGAGAUCGCCCAGUACGGCCUGCAGCUGCGCCGCGAGCAGGAGGCGCUCCUGGCGCAGAGGACGAGGGCCCGCGCCGCGCAGGGCGAGCCCACCACCCCCGUGCGGGCCGAAGACGGCCCCGAGCGCUCCCCGGAGGUGUCGCGGCAGUUCAAGGACGAGGUGGUGCGUCCCAUCCUGAAGAAGCACUUCGGGCGCGACGAGUUCCUCGGCCGCAUCAACGAGAUCGUGUACUUCCUGCCUUUCUCGCGCCAGGAGCUGCUCACGCUGGUGCAGCGCGAGCUGGCGCGGUGGGCCGACAAGGCGCGCGUGCGCCACGGGCUCGAGCUGCGCUGGGAGGGCGGCGCGCUGGGCGCGCUGGCCGACGGCUACGACGUGCACUACGGCGCGCGCUCCAUCACGCACGAGGUGGAGCGCCGCGUCGUCAACAUGAUCGCGCUGGCGGCGGAGCGCGGCGCUCUCGCCAGAGGCUCCGCCGUGCUGCUGCUCGAGGCCGACGGCCGCCUGGCGCUGGCCGUGCGUCCGCCCGCCGCCCGCGACUACCGCCGCCUCGAUCUGGACGCCCUCUGA